CAUUAUCAUCAUAUAUUCUAUUUUAACACACUUUCUCUGGUCGGCGUUGGACGGAUUCCUCCGCUUUCCGCCGCCGCCAUCCGCCGGAAACUGCCCCACGGGCCACCCCUCCACACCCCAAUUCACUGGCUCUCUAUUCCAACCCAAAUCUGCGCUUUCCUGGUUCUCUUUAUACAUAAUUUUUGGCGUUUGUCUCUCUGUUUUCGUGUACCUCAACUUCGGAAGAAUUUGUCGGGUUGAUUUUCUUGAGAUCUGGAGCGAGCUUAACGAUCGGCGAGGUUUUUGGCGAUCCGAGUCGUGUUAUAUCCUCGGUCUUGUUCAAAUCUCAAAAUGGGGCAUGGUUGUGUAAUGCGGUUUGAUUUUGAUGAAUAAGAACUUUGAGCUUGUUACGGCUUUCCAUUUGAGAGUUCAACUGUGAAUCUUUUGGAGUUCAGAUUUCUUCAUGGAAACAAACAAAGAAGCUCUUAGAGCUAAAGAGAAUGCUGAGAAGCGUUUUGCUCAGAAAGACUUCAUUGGGGCAAAGGACUAUGCUUUAAAGGCUCAAACGCUAUGCCCAGAACUAGAGGGUAUUUCCCAAAUGGUAGCUACAUUUCAAGUGUAUAUUGCUUCUGAGGUUAAGGUUAAUGGGGAAACUGAUUUGUAUUCAAUCCUUGGACUUGAGCCUUCAGUGGGCAAGGCAAAAUUGAAGAAACAGUAUAGGAGGAUGGCUGUGUUGCUCCACCCUGAUAAGAACAAAACUGUCGGAGCUGAUGGAGCAUUCAGGCUUGUUUCUGAAGCAUGGUCUCUGUUGUCUGACUGUCAUAAACGAACAUCCUACGAUCUCAGGAGAAACAGGCAAAUACCUUCUGGGAUUGUCCAGACAAAUCCAGCUUCAGUUCACACUGGUGGAGUUGCAGGUUUCGACAAUUGUUCCAAAUCUUCAGUCUCUCACGGACUUGACACUUUCUGGACUGUGUGCACAUCCUGUCAAGUUCAGUAUGAGUAUCUGCGGAAGUAUUUGAAUAAGAGACUGUCCUGUAAGAACUGCCGUGGUGUUUUCAUCGCCGUUGAAACGGGAAAAGCCCCCAUAAAUGGUUCAUUCCCUUAUUGUCCUUGGUCAUACGUGAUUGAUAAUGGGUAUGGAAGUCAUGGAUACAACGGGGUGUCAUAUCUCCCAACAACUGCUGUAUAUUUCACAGGAAAUGGGGCCUCAGGACAUCAUUCUGGGCAUGGGUCCGAGUAUGUUUCCAACGUGUCAUUUCAGUGGAGCUCAUAUCCCGGAGCUUCUGCUGGACUUGAGGAUCCUAGUAGAUUGAAUCCUAAAUCUGCCAAUAUCAUUCAUCAGGCUGAUGCAAACAGUAAUGGAGCAAAAUUCAGUGGGAAACAUCAUAUAGAAAAUACUAGCCAUGGUGAUCCUUCAGUCUCAAAGCCUGGCAGAACCUACAAGAAAAGGAAGGUUGAGAUGGUAAAUGCAUCUAGAAAUUGUGAUGAAGAAUUGGCUUCAAAAGCUUCUUCAGAAUUUAAAAUGAUUGAUGAAAACGGACAUACCAAGAGUGGUAGUUCUAGACUUCCCAGUCCAAAUGAGGUGCCAAUUAAACGUUGCUCAGCUGCCCCUACAUUUGAUUUGAGAAAGUUGUUGAUGGACAAAGCAAGAACAGAAAUCCGUAAAAAACUAGAAGAACUGAAGGCAACUUCAGAGGCAGCAGACGGCAAUAAGAAAGAAAAGGCAAAUGAUGAAAUUGGUAAAUCUGGAGAGAAAUCUAAUAGAGCUGAUUUGCCAAUUCCUGUUCGUCGACCAGAGCUGAAGAAAACUACAUCCUUGCCAAUAACAGUCCCCGACUCGGAUUUCCAUGAUUUUGAUAAGGAUAGGUCAGAGGAAUGUUUCAAGCCAAAGCAAAUAUGGGCUAUAUAUGAUGAAGAAGAUGGGAUGCCUCGAUUGUACUGUCUGAUCCGAGAAGUCCUUUCGGUCAACCCAUUUAAAAUUCACAUCAGUUACUUGAAUUCAAAAACUAACAGCGAAUUCGGGUCUGUAAACUGGGUGGAUUGUGGAUUUACCAAAUCGUGUGGAAGUUUUAGGGCAUGGAACUCUGAAAUUGUUGAGCAAGUCAAUAUCUUCUCUCAUCUUCUAAGCAAAGAGAAGACUGGCCGUGGCGGUUGUGUUAGAAUCUACCCUAGAAGUGGGGACGUUUGGGCUGUCUAUCGAAAUUGGUCCCCGCAUUGGAACAGAACAACCCCCGACGAGGUGAGGCACCAGUAUGAGAUGGUCGAAGUACUUGGGGAUUACUCUGAAGAGGUCGGGGUCUUUGUCAAUCCCCUGGUUAAGUUAGAUGGAUUCAAGACGGUUUAUCAGAGCAACAAGAACAAGGAUGCGAUCCGGUGGAUUCCCAGGAGGGAGAUGCUGCGGUUUUCGCAUCAGGUGCCAUCUCUGCCGCUUAAAGGAGAAGGCCUUAACAUGCCAGACGGGUGCUGGGAUCUGGACCCAGCUGCGAUUCCAGAUGAGCUUCUUCUGAAUGCAAGCUAAGCGAAGACUGGAAGCAGGCCAUGCCCGGCAGAAAACUGAAGCGGUUUGGUAAGUUUAUUUGGAGAGUUAUUCUGACAGUGAUGAGAUGAAGAAUGUACAGAUUUAAACACAUAGUGAAGGGUCAAUUCUCAUAGAAUUAGAUAGAUUGAAGGAUCACAAGCUGAUCCACGGCAUAGGCCCUGGAUUGUUUUAGAGGUUUCCACUUUUAUUUAUCCACUUGAUUGAGCCUGGAAAUCCCAGAACUAUUGACUGCUUGUUUAUUGAAACUAAUAUAUUAGCUUCUUUUAUAA